AUGAAUCAAUGCUCGCAAUUCACGCGGGGCAACAAGCCCCCCCCCACCGCCGGCGUCCGCUUCACCUCCGAUGCCUACCAUCAUCCCAAAGCAGCUCCGUACUAG